UGUCUUGUCUCAAUUUGUUAAGAGAUCGCUCACUCAAGAAUAAUUCUGCCGUAGCAAACAAAAUCUAUCCAAGCAGAGAUACAGUUUCCUAUAUUUGACCUAUCAUGUCGCCUGAGAGAGUCGUUCCCCUUGUAAAUAUUGUAUUAAUCUAGGAGAUCAAUACUUUUCCAUUUCUCUGCGCAAUUUCAGUUAACCAAACAAAGAACCAAAACCAAACCUCAGAGGUGGAUCAAGUUGACAUUUUCAAAUGUCUAGCUUAUUUUGGGACAAUAUAAGUAUAUCAUUUAUCUGAAGGAGCCCUAAAUAAAUAUCCUCUCCUCUCACCAACCACAUUUCCCUUUAAAAUUGCACACCUCCUCCGUCAUGAGAAUCCCUUUACAUUUUUGGUUGGACUCCAUCCAGAAGACUUGAUCUCACCGGACGAGUAGAAUAAUGAAGUCGAACAAAGGAACAAAUUCGAGGAUGCAUGCAUGAGGAUGUAUGUACGAGAACUAUCUAUCUGCGUACAGAAAUGGAGACGAAUCUAUCUCCAACAUCACGUUUAAAGUACCAGCUCGAUCAUUCUUACAACAAAUAUCUAUGUGUGGAUAUAUGUAGCGGAUUAUUAUGUGAUGCUGGUCUUGUGGUUCUGUAAAAAAGAGUCUCAAAGCUCAACAAUCCAUCCAAUCCAGCAGUGAAUGAAUCAGAUUCAAGCACAUCCCAUUAUCAUUACGCGAUUUUCUGCAGGGUAGAGAUACACAGAUAGAGUUGGAUAGCAUCACUACGUACAGAUACUCGUGUAUGUAACGCAGUGAUGAUGAGGAUUUUCCUUUAUAAAGCCACACUUUCCCACAGAGAGAUUCCAUUUAUCCUCAAGAUGUAACCGGGGUCACAUCUCGCAUUCCUCUCUCUAUUUCAAGUUUUUCAUCUCACAACCGUGUUUUUAACAUAUUACUUAAAUAGCAUCGAAAAUGGUGUCAUUUGUCGAAAUACUCAGUGAUUUAUUUGUAACGAGAAGACGCCACAGAAAUAUUACUUCUUGGACACACGUCAACCUCAAAGUAUUACUUUUUCUUCCCGUACUUGUCCUCUUGUGGUCACAAAACGCCUCGGCUUCCCCACUUCCGCAACCCUCCAGUGCAUGGAAUCAACCCGCUCUGGCCAUCAACACGAUAAAUCCGAGUCAUGAAGCGAAAAAGAACAUGAUAGGGCAUCACAAUGGGGGAGGAAGUGGAAGUACGACUUCCGGUGGAAAAUCAUCAUCUCCUCCGAGUCAAAACGGUCACCACAAUUCUAAUAACGGUCACAACAACGAGCUCCAGAGGAAGAAAACUUAUACGUGGAAUACCAUCAUGCACUAUGGACUAGCGGGCGGAAGUGAUCAUAAUAUUCGUCACAAGGCCAAAAAGUUGAGAGACCAUGGCAAGCUGCCAUGUCCGUUUGACCAGAUAAGGUCAUGGUUUGAUGGAAAGUGUCGUCCAGCCCCGAGAUUCAGCCUGUACCGGGUGGGCUGAUAAGAACAAGUUAUCUCAUUACCAGAAGACUGUAGGUCUUACUAUUAAUAGUGGUAUUUGUUUAAGUUAAUGUUAUCCUGCAUUAUAAAAAAAGACUGUGAAGAACCAAUCCAUGUAUUGUACUCAAAUUUAAUUUUGUUAUCUUACAAAAGUCAGCCCUGCAGAUAUUUAGUUGUGAAGUUGUCGAGUCAGGACAAUAAUUUAUUUUAUAUUUUAUACCCGUAUAAAUAAUCCUGAGCAGAAGAACUGAAUACAAAAACCAAACCUAUAACCACCGGAGGAUGAUGUGAUACGAUUAUUCUCUUCAUGUCAUCGUAAUGUAUGUGCAUACAUACGCUAAAAGUAGAUAUUAUGCAAAUGUAUAGAGAGUUCAGUAAAUGUGUGGAUGUAUGUAGUAAGUAUUUCAUAAGUUUAGUUUAGAUCAACAACUUUUCCUUGAGAGAAUACAUGUUCAGUUUGUUGCCUGUCGUUUAUUUGGAGAGAUUCAAAUUAUAAAAGUUGUAAAGUUUUAGAGUGACUUGUAGAAAAAGAAGAGAAAGCUGUUUUAUUACGAUUUAUCACAUUUUAUUGUCGUCUCAACUUUUCCUCGCGUUUUAUCUCACUCAAUUCUGCUUAUAAGGAAGAAGAAGAAUAAGAAUAAGACACUGUUAAAACAAUAAAGAUUUGCAAGUUACAACUCUACAAAGUUUGACCGUUAGAGUGUAUGUGCAUAUUGUUUGCAAUUAUGACGAUUCACAACGGCUACAAAAACCACCACCAUCAUCAGCAUCACCUUGUGCAAAAACUGUUUUUCUUAUUCGCACUCGUCAUCAUUUACACCACCAGCUGCAUAACUGCGACAAGGAUCGGUGUUAAUAGGCAUGGUGGCGGAAAUGAAGCAGUGAAAUGCAAGGAUGACUCAGGGAAUGAUGUCGAUUGGUUUAUCGCCUACAAAUUUCCGAAAAUUCAUGACUCUGCCAACCCCUAUAUUCGUCAGGGUCUUGGUUACGCCUUUGUCCUUCCGGGACAGAGCGAUUGGCAAGUAUCGGUCGGAAAAGGGAUUGACAAUCCCGACUCCUUGGUGGGAUGGACGUUGAGACCCUUGUUUCACGAGGAUGUCAACACUACAACCAAUCUGGCCUACAUUGCAUACAACGAUCAACCCCCCACCGGUCCCACGAUAGACUCUGGUGGUCAUACGAAAGGCGUCAUUAUCACAAAAUACCAGGGGGGACUGUGGCUACAACAUUCUGUCCCACAUUUCCCAAAUUUACAGGACAAAUACAGCUACCCAAAGACUGGAGAGAAUAAUGGGCAAGUCUUCCACUGCCUGACGCUAGAGUUGGACCAGGUCGAUAAUGUCGGGAACAUUCUCGAAUUCACGAAGCCCCACGUGUUCAACUUUUCUAUUCCGGACGAGCUUGGCAAGUCGCUCCCAAAUUUGGAGAAGGUCGUUCGUCAUGGGCAUGCAAAACUUGCCGAAAUUAUGAUGAGUCUUGAUGCUGCUGAUUAUUAUCAAUUUGUCGAUCUUUACAAUAAUUCUGCUACGAAUGGAAACAACGAUGCUUACUACACGUACAAAACCAAGUCUGACUUGAAUUACCAAGUGGUCCAGAUAAAAAAUGCGGAUCGUGUGUUGGACUGUUAUGCGAAAGGACCUUCUUUUCACGAGGAAAUUUAUUCUGGCUGGAUCGCUGGGAGUUUAAAGUCCGAGUUGGAUGUUCAAUCUUGGCUAAAUGGCCCAAACCCGUACCCAUCCAAUUGCACGUCAAGUUCGACAAAAGUGUACAACAUUGAGGAUAAGGAUGUCGCCGGGGUGAGAUUUUCGACACAUCAUGAUCACGCAAAGUGGGCUGUUGCAACACAACGACCGGUCGUUUGCAUCGGGGAUUUGAACAGAAUGGAACAUCAAACCAAACGUGGCGGAACGGUAAAUUGCUUUACAGAAAAGGCAGUCUGGAAAAUUUUUAAGGGGAUGGUCGUAACUACACAGCCCUGUCCGAAACCUAAGAAGUUGGCGAAAUUGUCGAAAAUUAAAUUAAGGUCUUAAGAGAAUAUGAGAUAUCAAUGUCUUAUCCUUUACUCUUAUUUUUAUUUCAACCCAAAUAUAUUUUAAAAUAUUCAUGUUAAAAUACAAAAUACGUGUUAAUUGGCUUGCGGAGUAGAAGAAUUAAUUUUCUUUACAUUUUCUUGAUUAAUUUAUCUAAUAUCAAUUCAAUAUCGCUCCCUGAAAUCAGCUUGCUGUCAAAAGGGUGGACCAUUAAAAAAAUGUCAUCCAUGUCAAAACCUAUUAUGUUUGAUAAGUCGGUUAUUAUUUUAUACCAAGAAGUUUACAUAUCAUUUGUACAUUUUUUGUUCAUAUUUAUCGGGAUCGAUAAAUGAAUCAUCGUCUAGAUAUUUAAUUCGUGAGUAGAGAUGAUGCAUUUUCUUUGUUGUGUGGGUAUGAAAAUUUGAUGCAAUGGUUUGAUGUGCAUGCAUGUGAAUCGUAAAAUACAAAAUAAAAUACUUAUUUAAUAUAAAUGCAUAACUGCAAACUGUUCUAAAUAAAUUCCAUGCCUGACAUAGUUUAAGUCAGUGUUAAACUUUA